CCGGAGAAAAAGGCGAGAGAGCACGUGACGCUCUGGCCCAAUCCGUGACAAGAAGGUGAAGAGAGCAAGCCAACCAAACUACCAAACAGAGUUCGGGCGGGGAAGGAAGGUGCCUCAUCUCCCCUCCACUCCGUCCCAUCAACCACGCCAUCGCAGCGCUUCUCCGCUUCGCGUCGUACCUUCAUCGGAUUCGACGCGCUCCCCCCGCACUCAGUGAGUGAGUUCCCGAGUCGCUCCAUCGCCGCCACCCUCACUGUCUAACUGCCGCCGCGAAACCGAGUUGCACUCGCCCAGUUCCCGCGCGAGCCUCGCCGUCGGUUCCGUCGCUCGCCUGUCUUUAGAAACUCCGAAUUUCCGAGCGGCUUGGGAUUUGGAGAUGGGAGUGGCACUGAUGAGUUAUGACAUGGAAGAGGGGACUCUGGAGAUCGGCAUGGAGUAUAGGACCGUGUCUGGUGUUGCUGGGCCAUUGGUUAUACUUGACAAAGUCAAGGGACCAAAGUAUCAAGAGAUUGUAAAUAUCCGCUUGGGAGAUGGAACGACUAGACGUGGGCAAGUCCUUGAAGUUAAUGGAGAGAAAGCUGUUGUGCAGGUUUUUGAAGGAACUUCUGGGAUUGACAACAAAUACACCACUGUGCAAUUCACUGGCGAGGUUCUGAAAACACCUGUAUCCAUGGAUAUGCUUGGGCGCAUAUUUAAUGGUUCUGGGAAGCCCAUUGAUAAUGGCCCUCCAAUUCUGCCGGAGGCUUACCUAGAUAUUUCUGGAAGUUCUAUAAAUCCCAGUGAAAGAACCUAUCCAGAAGAGAUGAUACAAACGGGAAUUUCCACCAUUGAUGUAAUGAAUUCCAUAGCUCGUGGACAGAAGAUCCCACUUUUCUCUGCUGCUGGUCUUCCUCAUAAUGAAAUAGCUGCUCAGAUUUGCCGCCAGGCUGGUCUUGUGAAGCGAUUGGAGAAGGCUGACAGUAUUAUCAAGGAUGAUGAAGAGGACAAUUUUGCCAUAGUAUUUGCAGCUAUGGGAGUGAACAUGGAAACUGCACAAUUUUUCAAACGUGACUUUGAGGAAAAUGGGUCAAUGGAGAGAGUGACCCUUUUCCUUAAUCUGGCCAAUGAUCCAACUAUUGAACGCAUCAUCACUCCGCGAAUUGCCCUUACAACUGCUGAGUAUCUGGCUUAUGAAUGUGGGAAGCAUGUGUUAGUCAUACUCACAGAUAUGAGUUCGUAUGCAGAUGCCCUUCGUGAGGUAUCAGCUGCACGAGAAGAAGUUCCUGGAAGGCGUGGGUAUCCUGGGUAUAUGUACACUGAUCUGGCAACAAUAUAUGAGCGUGCUGGGCGUAUUGAAGGGCGAAAGGGCUCCAUCACUCAAAUUCCUAUUUUGACUAUGCCUAAUGAUGAUAUUACGCACCCGACUCCAGAUCUUACUGGUUAUAUUACUGAGGGGCAGAUAUAUAUUGACAGACAACUUCACAAUCGACAGAUCUAUCCUCCCAUCAAUGUGCUUCCAUCACUUUCGCGAUUGAUGAAAAGUGCAAUAGGUGAGGGAAUGACGCGUAGAGAUCAUGCUGAUGUCUCCAACCAGCUAUAUGCAAAUUAUGCAAUUGGGAAAGAUGUUCAAGCUAUGAAAGCUGUGGUUGGAGAAGAAGCUCUAUCUUCUGAGGAUCUGCUUUAUCUGGAGUUCCUUGAAAAGUUCGAGAGGAAAUUUGUGAUGCAGGGGGCCUACGACACCCGCAAUAUUUAUCAGUCUCUCGACUUGGCUUGGACUUUGCUUCGCAUAUUCCCUCGCGAGCUGCUCCACCGUAUACCGGCAAAGACACUGGACCAAUACUACAGCCGUGACUCCGCAAACUGAGUUAAAGAAGUUGCAUGAUUGUCACCAAUAAUCAAUUCAUUGCAAAAUAUGACUAGGCUUGACGCUGUUCACCAGUGCUUGUGAUGGCUCACUAGCUUCUUCAUCCUCAUAUGCUCCUCCCUUUUACAUUGUCGCAUAAAGUAUAAUUCCCCCCCUUAUAUUUUCAGGGCUGUAUUUAUCGAAUGAACUUUUCGAGAAACAUGUAGAAUGUUGGGACUUGAGAGAAAGAUAUGCUUAUAAUCCUUCGUCUGAAUCGGUGAUGGUUGAUACAGAAAAAUUGUUUGAGUUUGUUUAAUGUGAACUGCAGCUGGCGUUUCUUAA